AUGACUGAGAGGUGGACGUUGCUGUGCUUGGAGAACGGCAUUGACGUUCUAGAAGGGAGUGAGGGAAGGGAUAGAUAUGUGUUGCUUUUUGGAAAGUGGAUUCUCAGUUGGCUGGUAAAGUUGACAUCCUUAGCCACACGUUUUGCCCAAGAGACAUUUGGAAAACAGUACAAACAAACCAUAGGACUGGACUUCUUCUUGAAAAGGAUAAUACUGCCAGGAAAUUUGAAUGUUACUCUUCAAGUAUGGGAUGUAGGGGGGCAAACGAUAGGAGGCAAAAUGCUGGAUAAAUAUAUUUAUGGAGCUCAGGGUAUUCUCUUGGUUUAUGAUAUUACCAACGGCCAGAGCUUUGAAAAUUUAGAAGACUGGUAUAAUGUGGUAAAAAAAGUGAAUGAAGAAUCAGAAACACAGCCACUUGUGGCCUUGGUUGGAAAUAAAAUUGACUUGGAGCAUAUGCGCACAGUGAAAGUUGACAAGCAUCAACGAUUUUGUCAGGAGAACAAUUUCAGUAGCCAUUUCGUGUCAGCCAAGACAGGGGAUUCUGUCUUCCUGUGUUUUCAGAGAAUUGCUGCUGACAUACUUGGCAUCAAAUUAAACAAAUUAAACAAAGCAGAAUUGUAACAAUCACA